UGGGAUCAGUUUUGGUUUUUACGGUGGAGAGAGACGAAUAGCGACAUGGAUUCCUUUCAAUUUUAUGUACGACUUCAAAAAUUUCUUUUAAAGAGAGAAAUUCCUGACUGUCCUUCAGAGUUGCGGAAGGUGAAAUGUGCGUUUGGAAAUGUUGCCAUCAAAGGCUUCAAGUUCCUAUAGGACAUUUGUUCUCAGGCUACAGAACUGAUCAUUUUAUCAGACAUUACAUCUAUUUAUUUUGUGUUCUCUUUUGAAUGCCAGAAACAUUGCAGACUUCAUUGACCCAGGCUCAUGGACCGAGAAAACAGGAAAAGACCUUGAGUGUUUUCCUCAACACUGCAGUGGGAAUUCUUGUGGUGUCUACAUGCUGAUGUAUGCUCUCAGCAUCUGCACAUCAUGUCCUUUAACAUUUACAGAGGAGGAGGUGCCAUUGAUUCACCAGUGGUGGUGUAUUCAGCUAAUGGAAAAGUUUUGCCUAGAAGGGCAUGGACAGAGGUUUGCAUACUGGACUAAAGAAUCAUCCCAACUCCUUCAGGGAACACUUCAGCCUGUCUUUAGAGUUUCGAAAUCCACCACCACCAAACUGUUGCCCAGCAGAAGAGUUGUGGUUGAACAGGACAUUAAUAAGGUGCAGCAGCCAACCAUUCUGAGAGACCUGUAUACAGUGUGGAACUGGAUACACAGUCACAGAGACUUAUUCCGUGGGGAGGUGACAGAGCCUGCUUUUCUGCAAAUGACCAUUGAUGACCAACAAAAUGCCAUCAAAAGGGUCAUGUGUGAUGAAUUCCCUGAGGCAAAGGAUGACUUUAUGUUUAUUUUUCAAUGUCAAGAGGACAUGGAGAAAUUUUUGUCCUACUGCAUUGAUGAAAAAGGCUUGAAGGUCAAUGCAAUGUUCCUGGAGUGAGGGAUGGAGGGAGGGAGGAAGA